ACAAAGACCCCAAUCACAAAUGGCCCGAGGCGAAGUUCCAGACUGUCUGCUGGUUCCUGACUCUGCAUAUGCACCAUGUAGCUUUGAUACCAGCUCUGCACACUCACCAGCGACGCAUAAGAGCAUUCCGCGACCUGCAGAAGGUUAUAGAGGAGUUAAUGGGCGCGGAGCCUCAGUGGCGGAACACGUACGCCGCGCUACGCAACCGCGAGCUGUUGCGGCGAUGGCGACGACAGAUUAAACGAUUGCAGAGGUCAAAACAAUGUGCGGAGACGGCGCUACUGGACUGUGAACUGAUGCGUCGCAGCUUGCAAUUCUACUCGUCAGUAUGCGUGCUGCUGACUCAGCAGUUAGAGGCUGCAAGGACCGCGGACCGGGCGCCCGCUAACCUGGAGAGCCCCGACGCGGGCAGUGGCAGCGAGAGCGCAGCCCCCAGUGCGACGGAGGGCGGAGCACCCCGCGCACCGCACGGGCCCAGCGCGGGCUCGCUGGCUGAUGCCUUCCGUGCCACUCCAGAGUGGUACGUCGAGGAUAUUGCUGACUUCAUGCUCUUUGCUGUGCA